GCGGGCCGCUCCUUUUCUCGUCGCGUCUCGCUGGUCGGCGAUGGCGGGCGCCGGGCUGAGGCUGCUUCGUCUGGCGGCGGCGGCGCUGCUGGUGCUGAGCGGGGCGCGAGCUGAAACCUGUACAGACCCAGUCAUCUCUCCAUCCUACUACACUACCUCAGAUGCUGUAAUCUCUUCAGAGACUGUCUUUGUUGUUGAGAUCUCCCUCACCUGUAAGAAUGGAGCACAAAAUGUUGCUCUCUAUGCAGAUGUCAAUGGCAAGCAGUUUCCUGUUACUCGGGGUCAGGAUGUUGGCCGCUAUCAGGUCUCUUGGAGCAUGGAGCAUAAGCUGGCUCGCUCUGGCACCUACGAGGUGAAGUUCUUUGAUGAGGAGUCCUAUAGCAUCUUGCGCAAGGCUCAGCGCAACAACGAGGAUGUCUCUGAGAUCAAACCCCUCUUUUCGGUCAAUGUGGAUCAUCGAGGUGCCUGGAACGGACCGUGGGUCUCCACUGAGGUGCUGGCAGCUUUCAUUGGUCUCCUUGUGUAUUACAUGGCUUUCAGUGCCAAGAGCAACAUCCAAGCGUAAUCUGUUUCAAUAAACCUUUCAUGCCA